CAGAACCCACACUAACUUCCUGCUGCAUACUUCUUUUGGUUGUGGUCACAGAGGCAGUAAGUAUGAGUGCUGGCCGGGCAGCUGAGGGCGCAGGCUGCAUCACUUGGUGGGGCUUCAGUCCUGCGCGUGACCUGCUCCACAUCGGCCCUGAGAGAUGUGAAGGAGACAUCAAUGUUUUACUGGUGGGCAGUGGAGAUCCACGACAUCUUUUGAAGACCUUUGCCAGUUUGCAAGACAAACAAAGUGUCCAUAUAUGGGUGAUAGAAAACAGCAUGGAGGUGGUUGCUAGACAGCUGCUGCUUCUCUACCUGGCACUGAUUCCCCAGGGCAGCAUGGGAAUUAAUGAGAAGACCGAAGUUUUUCUAGAGGUGUUUGGGAACAGUGAAAUCCGCAGUCAGACAGAGGAAGUACUGCAACGUGUAGCAUCACAACUCUCUCUCUCUGUUACCGAAACACUGGAGACAGCCGUGCAUGCCUGUCUGAACACAACUCUCCUUAAGUUUAAGGAGCGAGAUGAACUAGCCAGGAUAUUCAAGUCAUGGAUCCAAACUCGGUCUUCAUCAUCAGAGCAUCUUACGCCUAUCAUGUCCAAAGCAUGGGAUUAUCGAGUCAGGCAGCAUCUUGGGACACGCUAUGACUCUAAGAAGGGCUGCUUUGACUGGGAUCUUACAAUGAAGCUUCAUGAGAAAGGGUGUGGCAUCAUCAACAGACAGCAGUACAUGCGAUGGAGGGAACAGGGACUGGCAUUCGAAAUGAGAGAAGGCGUCUACCAAAUAACCAAUCCCAGUUUGCUGUCUUCAAGAGUGUUUAGUCAAAAAGGAGAUAAAGUGGCCAUCAUGGGCUACUGGGGAGACAUUGUUUCUAGUCCUUAUCUGUCCUUUGGUAUUGAAACUGAUGACAAGAGUCUGCUGAAGACACAGAAUGGGCAACACAUCAAGACUGCUCAGGAUAUCUCCUUUGCAAAUGUGCAGGGAUUGUUCCAGUCCCUGUCCAGCAGACGGGGCUGCCCUACUACUUCUCAGCCAUACACAGAUGCAGAGGAGGACACAUCCAUACGGGCUAUCACCAUUAAUGACUUGAUGCAUUUAAAUGGGAUCUCUGUCACCUUCUUACCGUUGGACUCACUUCACAAACUGCCAGAAAAACAGAAAUACUCCCAAUUCUUCAACACCAUUUACUUCUCUGCCAGCUGCGUGCACCAGUUGGGCCCGAUGACGAGACAGAUUGCAGCACCAGACGCUGUGCUUGUUGUGGAGCUGGCCAAGUACAUUUUGGAUCUGAAUAAAGAACAAGAAGCAGGCUUUGCAGAGAAAGUGGAAAGCAUUGCUCGUGAGGCUGGAUUUGAACCUUGGCACGAGGGGACCGGGGAUGACGUCCACGCUGUUUUCAAACACCAGAAGAAAUAGAAGAGGUUGCAUUGUGGCGAAGCUGUUCACCCUGCUCUCGCUGUCAGCAGCUUUACCUUCACAACAUGCGAGAGACACUUAAAAUAAUAGAGCCAUACAACAGCGAUAUUUCACAUCUUGUUUAUCAGCAGUUUUCAAGCCAACUAGGAGCAGCUGUCAGAGGCUGCAGACAAUAAUUUAUAUUUGCUCGGUAGCAGCCCUGAAUUAAUAAUAGGAUUUCAUUUCCAGUUUAAAUGACACAGACAGCAAUUCAAAUAUAUUUAUACAUGCAUUUUAAUACCUACAGAUAUGAAGAUAAGUUGUAUUUAAAUAAAUCCCACAAAAAAAAAAAAAACAUUACUUGGCCACUGCAAAGUUUUUGCAAGCUUGUUCAGAAACUAGUGAACUAUCUUCUUGUUUGUUUAUGCUUGCUGUGUGUGUGAGGUCACUUCCAGCGUCCUCCAACCUUCCCCUUGCCGUGUCCUUUUUUGCUGCAAUAAGACAAGAUUAAAAGCAGAUUGUAAACAGUAGUUCACUAAAGACCAGCAAAGUGCUAUUUCCUCUUUUUUCUCAUCAUUUUAUGUAAAUAUAUGUGAAUGUAUGUCCUGUUCAUGAAGUGGCAAGUGCUUAGGUUGCCAUGUUUCCUGUACACAUGUCACUGUGGCCAGCGACCUAUGAAAUCUUUGCAUAGUCAAAUACGUGCAAAGAUUUCAUCUAUCGACAACCCUUCACUUAUCUCUCUUGUUGUAGAUCGAGACAAGCAGUCUGACUCACAAUUUCUGAGCAUGUUGGAUCCUAUUCAGGAGGACAUUGAUCUGAAAAAAAAAGUGCAUCAGAUUCUCAUGUCUUUGAUUUUUAAUCGUAUAUAUAUUCGCAGCUAAAGGGCUAACCUCAUAUUUCUGCCUCUUCAUCUUCUCAGUCAGGUCAAACUUUUCUGACUCCAGAUGGUAGAUCCAUUCCCACAUCUCCUUGGCUCGCUCUCUAAAACACAAAAAGCAUUACAAAGUAUACAACUUGGGUCUACAGUGCAAAACAUUGUUUAUGGCACACAUAUCCAGCUGGCAUAUCUAUAACAUGCAGCUAUAUAAAAAUGUAAUCUACUGUAGGCAUUAACCGACCUCAGGCCAUCCUCUUUCAGGUUCUCAAUCACUAGUGGCUUUCGUCUUUCUGCCAGAGUCUUCUUUUUGAUUUCCCUUGCAGUUUGUCUUUUGCCCCGUUUCUGCUCUACCUGCAUGAAACAAAAACACAAUCAUGUAAGGCUAGGAAUGCACACAUGUUUGCAGAUUAUAGUGGCACGCCUGCCUGCAAAUUAAUCACUUGAAUCACUCUGACCUUUGCAAGGAACCCUCCAAAAUGAGCACCCAUGUUGGAGAGAACUUUCUUCUUUUUCGCCUCAUCAUCCGCCCUCUUCUUUGCCUCUUCAUCCUCUUUCCUCUGCCUCUCCUCCUGAAGUGCA